AUGGCAUUUUCUGUUCGAUCAACGUCAACAGUCAGUAUAUCACGUAAUCGAAAACCGAUAAUGAAUCUAACUAAAUUGAGUCGAUGUUUAUUUAAAUUAGACGAUCGUCGAAUUGUCUCUGGCAUUGCUUUACAUUCUGAUUGUAUUCGAUGUAAAGAUUGUCACAAAGUUAUUGGCGACGGUGCAUAUAAAAAGCAUCAUGAAGAUAUUUGUUGUAUUAACUGUUAUGAUCUUCGUCAUGUAAUAAAUAAUUCUAAUAUAAAUGAUUCACCUAGUUUAUUAUUGAACAGUGAAUUUAAUUCAUCAUCGUCUUCAAUAGUUAACACUACUGCCAUCAGUGAUUUAUCAUCGUUAGCCGAAAUAACUCUAUCACCCAAAAUGGCUACAAACAACAAUUCUAAUCGUUAUCGAUCAUUGAAAUCCUUUCCAGAACGUGUACAACUCUAUAACGAAUAUAAUCAUAGACAAUCAUCACAUUUAAAGAUCAAAGAGGAAGAUGGAAAAAUGAUUGUUUGUGGAUCAAUAAGAAUUUAUUGGAAUAUUCAUUCACCGAUUCAAUUAAUGUCUGGACGGUCAAUACCUCUUGGUUUAUAUCCAAAAUCAAUGAAAAUAUAUGAUCUGAAUCAACAAGAUUCAAAUGAUAAUGAUACGAUAACUAUGGGAGAUUAUAAACAAAAAAAUUUUGAUUCAUCAUUUAAACGUUUAUGUUUUGAUGAUACUGCAUUAUUAACACGAUUAUCAUUGGAUGAUACAAAUUUAAGACGUACACAAACAAUUAAAGUACCAUCAAGUCAACGAAAAACUUAUCGAAUAUCAGUUCCCGCUUUUAUGCCGACUAAUGAUGAUGAAGAAGUACGAAAAUAUGAUAUAAUCAUUCAUGUUUUUUUACUCUAUCUAAUGUUUUCUUUUCAGUCAAGAUCAUUUAUUCCGGCCACAGAUAGUAUGACCACUAUUUAUAUCAGUAGUAGUACAACAUCAGCAGAAGCAAUACGUAUUCUUUUUGAAAAACAUUAUAUUGAAACAAAUUCAAAUUUAUUUUCAUUAUAUAAAGUUGAAAAAUUAAAUGGUAAUAUUUGUGAAUUAAAUGAUGAUGAUUUUCCAUUAAUAUUACGAGUAUUAACUGGACCAUUUAAUGAUACACAAUUUUAUAUAAUGGAAAAAGGCCGAAGUCAAACAAUACCAAUUGAAGUAUCAAAUUAUCUUGUAUUACCAGAAACAAUGUUAAAAGCAUUUGUUGAAAAAUUUAUAAAUGAAGAAAUUGAUUUAAUUAAUAGUACAAAACGAAAAUAUUUAGCUUAUAAACAAUUAUUAUUGAAAGAAUUUGAAAAACAUAUUGAAAAUAUAGUACCUCAUGCUGAACGAUUAGGUUUUACUGAUAGUGAAGAAUAUUGUACAUCAUUUCUUAAACGUGGAUUGGCAAUUGUUGUAAGCAAUAAAUAUUUUGAACCGGAGACAGGUUUAUCAAUUCGUGUUGGAACCGAUUUAGAUGCAAGUCGUUUAGAACAAACAUUAUUGGAUUUAGGUUUUACAGUGAAAUUAUAUCAUAAUUUAAUGGCUAAAGAGCUUGUAUCAGUAUUAGAUGAUGUUGCACUAAAUGAUCAUUCAAAUGCUGAUUGUUUUCUAUUUGUACUUUUAUCACAUGGUGAUGAUAAAGAUCUUGUUUAUGGUUGUGAUCGAGCCAUAUCAAUUGAUUAUUUAACUCAACCAUUCAAACGAUCAUCAAAUACAUUAAGUGGAAAACCAAAAAUAUUUAUAUUUCAAGCUUGUCGUGGUCAACGUCUAAUGGAAUCAGUUUAUAAACAAUCUUUUAAUACCGAUGAUGAUACAAUAUCUUAUGUUCCUCAAAUACCUAUUGAAGCUGAUUUUCUCAUGGUUUAUUCAACUGUACCAGGCUAUUAUUCAUGGAGAAAUUCAAUGAAAGGUUCAUGGUUUAUUCAAGCAUUAUGUGAUGUACUUCGAGAACAUGGAAAAGAAUGGGAUUUAUUACGUAUAUUUACCAAAGUAAAUCGACGUGUCGCAUACGAUUAUGAAUCAUCUUGUACAGAUCAAAUUAUGUCAAAUAGAAAACAAAUACCAUGUAUUGUAUCAACACUAACAAAAGAUUUUUAUUUUAAGUCAAAAUAA